AUGCGCAGCCGUGGAAAAUUUAAGGUCAGUCUGGAAUAGAAGGCGACUUACUGGACACCCCUACACCACCCAAAUAAACUGAACUGAAAAUGCUUGAUGGUUCGCACCGUUUGCUCACAAGUCCCCGAAGUGCGGAUGUAGAUUUUCGGCCCGGAUCUGGCUUUUGGACUAAAUUCAGUCAGAGUAGUCCCACCCCAAAGGAGAAAAAGAUCCGGUCGGCCAUAGUGGCAGAAAGUCUCGGAAAAGGGCCGGUGAAAAAAGAAGAAUGUUCAGUCAGUUGGAUUUCGAAGUUUACUGUUGAGGACAGGCUUGAGGUGUAAUCCACCUGCCUGGAUUGAGUAAACAACACACCACUGAUGGUGUUCUUCGGAGGGCUCUGGCUGGAGUCAUCUCAGAGAACGUAGGAGUACCUGGUGUGCGUCGCGUUUGCAAGCUUUAAAUCCCGAGAAUUGAAGCACUUCGAAUAAUAUAUCUUCGACUGGUAAUUUAUUUUAACACACGUUUUCGACAUUAUGGUAACGGCUAAACCUGCAAAAGAUCGAAGAACCCGAAAUUGAAAACUAAAUUCAACGAGCUGAUUCAGGUCAUCUGGUUUAAAUUGAAGCUCGUAAGAUCACUGCCACCUGAAACGACCGUAUAAUAAAUGGAGGGAGUGGCAGCCAAACGCAGUAUUCGAUGUCAAUUUCGUCAGCCCGACAGAAUUUCUUCUUCACGAAGUCAAACUGUCACUGCUACAUGACCUCCUGAGGUGGCCAUAAAACACCAACAAGUUAGUCAUCAUAUUCUACUGAUGAAACCUCUGUUAAGUGACGCCCACAAACCCUCGCUUUUGUUAAAAUUCUUCGUGGGCCUUCUCUGGGACGCGUGGACUAACGCAAGGACAGUAUUACCUCAUGGCUUUCUUAACAUAACAAGCAUUGCGUUAGUAGUUUGUUUUCUUUACUUUACAUCCCAUAUUACUGGAUUCUUGUUCUUUGAUUAAUUUUGCGUUUGAACCGCUGAUGAUAACCUUUUAAUAUUUUAUUUUGACUGGCUGCCAUUUGUUUCCAAGCUAACCAUCGUAACUCAUUCCGGCGUUUCUGUUUAGCAUUCUGCCGUAUCUCUUGGGUUUGCUGCCCGUUUAGAGCUUGUCAAAACAAUAGAGGGACGUCCAGGUGACCAUGAUUUUUGUUUAGAUCCCACGUCUCAAAGUGGCUAUUUCCGUAUAUCACUUUACCCUCAUAUACUUUGAUUAGUAGUGGUUCGCUGUAAGUUGAUCACGGGAUCGUCACAUGUGAUAAGAUGCAAAUGGAUGCUAAUUCUACAAAACGUGCGCAGCUCUAACCUGGCAGCAGAUUAGCUCUUCAGGAAUAUUCGUAUCUUAGAGUCUUGUUAAUAUCUUAUUUGACUUAGGGCGCAACGCUUACUGCUGUGACACCGCCCAUAUAGCUAUUGUCUCAGAAAUGGCGCUGGCGGGGGCGGAUAAUUCGCCGGAGGUUCCGUUUGACGUCUCUGCUCUCUCUGAAGCCAAGAGGCGCGAUUUGAAUCACUUUAAGGCAUGUUAUUAUUCUCCUGUGAUUUCGUAGGAUAUAUCGGGCAUUUCAGACGAUGGCUGCGCUGCACGCAUUCUAGAAGAUAGCGAUUGGAACUUAGAAGUACGUUUAAUUCACUAAAGUCUUAUUCCCAGCAUGCUGUUCAUAAAUUUAUGGGACUUGGCGAUUCUGGAAACUCAGCCGGCGCCACUCGACGCCGGCCUCAAAAUCAACCUAUACAUCCGGCUCCAGUUAGUUUUUGCAUAUGCCAGUGACUUUCAUUUAGAUUGAUCUUGCUCCGCCAAACCUUCUUGUCUUCCGACGCGUUAGGCCGAUUGGUGGAUGGUUCCAAACUGUCCUGAACAUACUGCUCAGUCCAAUUUACUUUACGUACCAUGUGUUCGCCAGUAUUAUCAACACUUUCAGUAAGCCCAGCCGCCACUUUUAUCCUUUCAAUGAGUCUACAUUCAAUGCUAUUAUGCACUGUGUACUCCAUGUGUAGAACAAGAUAAUACAGACCCCUUCAGUGGCUAAGGGUUCUGGUUAUUACGUUGAGUACAUCUGCGUCAACCGCUCGUGCCCGUCUUCUGGCAGCACCCCGUCUGUCAUCCUGGCUGGUCUGUCGGAUUUACGCAUACGCGUCCACCGGAAACAUAAUAAAGGUGCAACUCUGACAGCACGUUCAGAUUAACUCUCAAGUGUCGAACAUUAGCCUUGAUUUGUUAACUCGCCUACUGGUGGACUUUGCCGCUUAGGCAGCUGAGUGGCUGUUAUCUGUGCCAAGUCCUGGCUGAGCGGAGAAGCGUGCUUCCACUACUUGUUCCCGCGUCUUUUUCUGUUUCUUUGUUUUCGAAGCAUUUACGGGAAUCCCUUUUUAAUUUUAGCCUCCUUCCUAUGGCCAGACCCACGAACACGUAAGAGGUUUUCGUUUGCAAAACGUUCUUAAAACGCACUAUUCGCAACUUAUACAUUGCCUUGAGACUCCUUAAUUUUCCUGCUAUCACGAUAUUCUAACGCAUAUUUACUACCGUUUUUGACGCAGGUGUUUAGAAAUGUUUGAUUUUGAUGAUCUCGAUCUCUCAUUUAACUGGAAUCGCCUCAUCUAAAAUGAUACUUUCAUGUGAAGUCGAAGAUAGGUUGUUUACGAAGUGCUGCAAACAAGUUUAGACUUCGAAGAGUUAGCUAUUGUCGGCCCCCUGUGCGGAGAACACAAACCUUACGAGAGCUCGGACGGUCUAAGUCAGAUGUGAUAAAAACAUAUCUAGGUGGCAGCUGGCCAGUGGUCCUUGUUUCAUUAUGCGAUGUCCUUACGAACUGCCUGUCUUAUUAGUUCUGAUUGUAUCUGCUUAAUGUAAUUUUUCUGUCUAUCACCACCAAAGCGCAUCGACAUACGAUUUAAAUGCCGCGUAUUUUUGGUGUCUUCGAUCACACGCAUAUAUCUUUCUGGUUUUUUGACUAUUUUGUUGCCUAAAUAAUAUACCUGACCAGUGCAGUUUACCAUGUACUUGAAUUAGCACAGCAGUAUGUAAAAUAGUUUACCGCUCUGUACGUUUAUGGUUCUGAGCUGCUAAUCCAACUUCCUCUAUCAGCUGUUUCGUUUAUCGAUAUUUAAUGCUUUUAUGGCUUUUAGUGGUCACCGAUCCUUUGGGCGAUGUUCGUCACUUUAUUGACACCUUUAAGCAAACGUAUGCAUCUAUCAGUGAGGAUUCAAUAUCCACCGAUACCAUUGAAAGAAACAGCACCCCGCCCUUCUUCGAGGGCACUUAUGCACAGGCGCUUCAGGAGGCCAAACGGAGCUUGCGAUUUUUGAUUGUUUAUUUACACUGCAGUUCUCACGAGGAUACUGAAGAGUUCUGUAGGCAAGUCUACUCUUAUAUUUCCCAUACUAGAUAUGUAGGCAUGCUUCUAUCCAAGCCAUAAAAGCGAACUACCGUCCCUCAGACUGCUCAUUUUGUAAAUGCUAUUUGUUAGGUAUUUCCUGUUGGAGAUUUUUUUUACAAGUUUCUGUCCCUAUUUACAUAAACAGUCGCAAGUACACAAACCAAUAUACAUAGACUCAUGCGUGCAUAGUUGUUUUGACCGAACUAACUUGACUUGAACGAUUUCAACCCCUACUCUAUACCGUGCAUUCGUGUCGAGUCUGUCAGUGUAGAACACCUGUACCAUGGGUUCGUCCGUUAGUGAAGUACUAACGUCAAGGCUAUUCAGUAUGCGAAAACCGGUCGUAGUUAGGUACUUUCCAAUCGCACGAAGCAGCCAAACAAGACCAAUAUCGAUGCCGGAAGGGGUUCUAACUUCUGAUUGCCAUCUACGUCGUUUUCAUACUCUCACCUCAUCUGUUGAAAUCGGUUAGAUACAAUCGGAGCACAAAUCAGUCCCCGUCCAAAGUCAUUUUUUCUCCUUUUCAGACAAACACUCCAGCAUCCGACUACUCUCGCUUUUUUGAAUAAUACUGAGCAACACAUCUUUUGGGCCUGUGAUAUCAAUUCCCCUGAAGGAUAUCGGACAUCACAAAUAUUCCGCGAGCACUACUACCCCUUUGUUGGUGUAAUUGGACUUUCUAUAAAUCGGAGUAAGUCAAUUACCUCCCUACUAUGCUUCACGGUCUGGCGAUCUUAGUAUUAUACUUCUAGAAGGAACCUAUUAUUCCUCAAUUGCCCAUCCUCAAAUUGGACAAGUCCUAGUUAUUAUUAGCGCUCUCAGUGCAAAUACACUUCCAGCAUUUCGGCGAAAUUAUUGGUUUUUUCAUCCACUUCACCGCAUCGAGCCACCUGUUGUUGAGAGGCACUGAAUUAGGGUACUCACAAAACUUUACCGCCAAUUUCAGUCGGCUAUCGAUGAACAGUGGAACAUGGUCGGAGCCAAGUUUAAUUUAUUCUACUUGUUCUACUUCUCUGCCAUUAUAACACAGUUUUCCCUAUCGUUGUUGGAUUUUGGAACGUGCGCCAUCCUCACAUCGGUUUGGGCAAUUUGAUUGCAAAUCCCAGAUGGUAUUGCCAGUCGUUCCUUUUGUGAUUUCCUAGUUCCCUGAAACCCACUCAGUUCCAUGUUCUUCCGUGCUUCACUUCAGCGAUUUUCCAGAAUCGUUAGUUUAUGUGACUGAUUUUUGUCAAAUAUGCGGUUUAGUUGGUACAUAGAGAGGGGAAACUCAAUUCAUUUUAGGCAGAGAUUAUGAUUUUUCAACCUGAAAGACUUACUUUCGCUAGCUCUUGCUGAAUUAAACCGACAUAAAUCUAUGUAAGGUAUUCAUCGUAUGAGGAUCCAGAUUCUCAAAAAUCCUGUGGACUCGGUCGCCUGUGGCGACAGUGUUAUCCAGGUAAAUUAGUUGUUUAACAAACAGCAGGUGUCUAGCAACAUUUAGAGAAUCAUCUUUACCCUGAAGGAUGGCUGAGUGAUACGGCAGGGGUCGCCUCAGGGGAAAAAAAACAAAACAAGCAAAUUGCAAAACAGUCUGAAAUUGGGGUAGUGUAAACAGCGCGCCAAGUACACACUAGCCCCAGUCCUUUUGCCAACCGUCACCAUAGGCUACGGCGACUUGCUGGAAACCAGAACACCAGUGAGAAUUGGUGUGCCAACUAUAAAAAUAACCCCGAACGAUGCGCCUAGGAGGUUGUACCGCGUUUCGCUCUGAAUUUGAUCACCCGUGAUUGCUGCUCCCUAAAUGGAAUCAAUUGUCGUAUGGUUCACCGUCUCGUGCGCACACAUCUUUUCAUCAGUCCUAGUACGCAAACUGCACAUCUACGUCACUGUUUGCCCAACAAAUCUUUCUUGAUUAUAUUUCGUUCGGUUGUUUCUCUGAGACGGCCUAAAAAGUCUUUGUCAAGCGCUUGCCUUCCGUCCGUCCCUUUUUUACCUUUCAACUCCGAUUUGUACUUUUUAAGCACAUUCUUCCAGUUCGUACGGUCCGCCAAGUCGCAUGGCUCUCCUGGGACGCAUCGAGGGUCUGGUGUCUGCCUCAGACUUUGUGGAGCAGCUAAGCGAUAUUAUCAACAACAAUCAGACCGCCCUACUGGCAGCCAGGGCUGAAAGGUAA